GUCAUCUGCAAACUGUGAAGUUUCUUCAGAUUUUCUGAUAACUCUUGCAUUGGUUGGUAGCAGAACCAACCGGACAUUUCACAAUGUCAAUCAUUGAAAAGUAUGCUUUUAAAGGCGUCGGCAUUUUCCUCAUAUUUGGUGAUCCGAUAUCAAUGGUGGGUGAUGUUCUUCUACUACCAGCAAACAUUGAUAUCUUGAAUCCAGAAGGAAUUGCUUAUGAUAUGAUUCAUAUUGGAGGAGGAUCCAUAAAAGCAGAACUUCAGAAAGUAGAUACGGAAUCAAUUGGUUAUGGUUGUAUUGUAUCCACUACUGCGGGUUUCUUAUCGUACGAAAAUAUAUUCCACCUAAUCAUUGUAGAUUAUCGAAAUCGGAAGUGUGAAAACAACAUUUUUGCAUUGCAACAACUUGUAGAUGUUAACGAAUCUGCUUUUAAAAUGACCGAGGAACUUUCAUUAAAUACGAUUGUUUCACCAGUUAUAGGUUUAGAACAGGGAUACUUACCUGGAAUGUGUGCUGAAGCCGUACUGCAAGGUUUAAUCGAGUUUUCCAAUGAAUUUCCUAACAAUCACUCCCUACAGAAACUCUAUGUCUGCUCAACCGAUCUCUAUAUCUUGCAUAUAUUCGUUGAGACAUUUAAUAAAUUGAUAUAUCCAGACCCAACGCAAUCAGCUUAUAAACCGCAAUUCAAACCAAAAAGAGAAGAAGAUUAUCACAAUCAACAGAGGCCGCAAUAAUUAUUGUCUCAACACCAGAAUUUAUUGACAUUAAAAAAUCCCUCCAAACUACAACCACCGAUGAAUUCUAUGUUAUGUAUCAAUCUGAAUACACCAUUUACCUCAGUGAUAUUAGGCAGCAGAAUGGACGGCAAGUGAAAGAUGUUAUAUAUAUGCCUCCACCUCUAGUCUUGAGUGAAAAAGGCUAUGACCAUUUUGAGGACACUCUUCUCAGACAGUUGAGAAAGCUCUUCCUGAAUACAUACCAACAAAUUUCGAUUAUCAUUGAUCU